CGUUGAGGUCAGGGUGACACCCUGCAGCUCAUCCAAGAGCUCUGGAUGGCCACAGGAGCGGAUGCAUUCAAGGAUGAGGAUGGCCAGGGUCCAGGGGCUGCUAUGGAUGUUCUUCAUCUCAGGGCUGCAAGCUGUAACACAAAACUACGAGGAAGUGUAUGACCUGGAAGUAGGGCAGAACCUCACGGUGAGCUGUCCCUUCAACAUCCAGAAGUAUGCUGACAGCCGGAAGGCUUGGCAGAAGCUGGAGACUGGUCAGGAGCCCUUGACCUUGCUGGUCACAGAGGUGUCUAUGGGGAAGCCCAGGAAAGUUCAGAUGGGGAGGUGCGAACUGGAAGAUGUCCCCCAUGAAGCCAUGCUGCAUGUCCACUUGGUCCAUGUUCAGGUGGAAGACUCGGGCCUGUAUCGCUGCAUCAUCUACCAGCCCCCUAGGGAGCCCGUUGUUCUGUUCCAUCCUGUGCGCCUGCGCGUGGGCCACGUUCCCUCUACCUUCCACAAGAGUUCUACACAAUACCCGACUCCAACCUACAUGUUUUCUCCUACCACUACCAAGGCCUUGAGCACACCCUCCACCUCACCCGGAACUGUGGACCCACCUGCGCCCUCGUCAGUUACCAUUGCCUCCACUCCUAACCCUGGACUCCACCUUAAAGAUGUGACACGUGUCACCAGGAUCUCUACAUUUGGCAUUGUCAUCCUCGUGGCCUGUGGACUCCUGAGCAAGAGCCUGGUCUUCACUGCCCUCUUGGCAAUCACCCAAAGGUCAUUUUCACCAUAGAGUUGUGAACUCAUAGAGUGACCUCUGGGGUGGACAUUUAGCUGCUUGAGCUGCCCACAUCUCAUAGUGGAGCAUCUGGGUUCAAGUCCCAGUUGUAGUGUCAAUCCAGCUUCCUGCUGGUGUACACCCUGGGAAGCAGCAGGCGGUGAAUGGAGGACUUGGAUCCCUGUCACCCAUGUAGGAGACCUGGAUUGGAUUUCUGGGUCCUGGCUCUAGCUGCUGUGGCAACUGGGGAGUGAACUGUUGGAUGAAGAUCAUCUUUCUCUGUUUGGUUCCUUUCCCUGUCUUUCAAACAAACAAAUAAACAAAUAAAUAACUUAAAAAUAAA